AUGGGCCAAGCGUGGGCUGGCGACCAGGGACGAUCUCGUUAUGCAACGCCCGGGAAGGAGGGGAGGAGAACCGCCGCGACCCGCAGGCCCGACCCCGGCCCUGAGGAGGGGAUGGAGCCCGGCAACCCCCGGGCCGCCUUUCCCCGCACACACACGGCGGGUUCCCGCUGUCAGACCCGCCAGGCCGGGCCCCGCCGGGAGGCGGGAAGGCCACGGGAGCGCGGCCAGAAGAGCCGAGAAGGGGGCACAAGGGGGGAAGCGCGAUUAAACCCCUCGAAAGAGAGGCGGCCCCCGCGCCUCACCCUCGGCAGGGGAGAAGGUGCCAGCGCGGAGGUGAACACCGAAAUUAAACCGAAAGAGCGUAAACCCCGGAGGGGACGGGAGGCGCCGCGCCGGGGGAACCAGGAGGCCCAGUGCCCUCCGCAGGGCCCGGAGCCGCGCAGCCCCGUCCGGCGGGCAGCCAGCAGCCCCUCGGCGGCCCCCGGAGCCGCCAUGGCCGGCCGGGAGAGCGGGCGGUACGUGCGGGGCCUGUUCGCCGCCCACCUGCCCGCCUCGACCCGCGGCCCCGCACCGAGCCGAGCUGAACCGAGAAGGCCGCCCACACCCCGCGUCCCGGCCCCGCCGAGUCCCGAGAAGCCUACCCGGAGCGGGGCUGGCCGCUCUCCCGCGGGGAGGAGGGGACGUCCCGGCGGCGAGCUGCUCAGAGCCGCCAGGCUGGGCUCGGCGCGGCCGGAUCCCCCCUGCGCCGAACCGCGGCGGCGGGAGGGGCCGCGGAGGCCGCUCCAAUCGGCGCCCGGGGCGGGGCGGAGCGGGACGGGCCCGGGCCCGCCGGGGAGGGCCGAGGAACCGCCGACCGCCCCCGCGCCGUGCCAGGCACCGGCAGCCCCGCUGCGCCUGGCAGCGCCGGGCGGGCAGCGCUGGGGCGGGGGGCCCGACUCGGGGCCUCUGGCGUCUCUCUCCUCAGGGUUUCCGGGAUCUCCUCCGCCCCCCUUCCCGGCCCGGAGCUCUCCCCAGGGCCCGGGGCUCUCCCCAGGGCCUCCGCGGUCUCCUCAGAGCAGGGCAGGGCAGGUUUAA